GUGUCGAUUAGGUUGAAUGACGAGUUUUUGGCUCUGCACAAGUUUUGUUCAGCCGCUCCAUUACCUCAGUCCACUGGUCGUAUCCGCGAGGAGCACCCGCUUUCAUUCUCCAUACCAAUAACCUACUAACAACACCACACACCAUGUCUCUCCAGGAGCAAUUCGACAAGGCCGCCGGUAAUGUCAAGAAGCUGAAGGCUCUGCCCAGCGACACCGACCUCCUGGAGCUGUACGCCCUCUUCAAACAGGCGACCGUAGGAGACGCCGACCCUGCUAACAAACCCGGCCUACUCGACCUGAAGGGCAAAGCCAAGUUCGAAGCGUGGACCAAGAAGAAGGGCACCUCCAAGGAGGACGCACAGAAGGCGUACAUCGCCAAGGUCGAGAGUCUCAUCGCCUCUAUCGGCCUCCAAUAAAAAAACAAAACAGUUUGGGCGAGCGGAACCACUGUCAGUAUGGGCAUUGCGUAAUAUGAUCGUAUUAUUGUCAAAUAAGAACAUUUUAGAUUUUAUCUCUUAUGAAGAAUUCUCUAGUUUUGUAAACUGCAUUUUGUCAAUAAGAGGUAAUUAUGAAUUUUUACGCAUGCCCUUCGGUAUAAGGAACGCUGACGUUAUUCGAGACUGAACAUGACUAAUAUUUAUAACCAUUUAUACCGUCAAAAUAACUUCUUCCUUUAAACUUCCUGCCGCCCGUCUCAUAAGUCAAUUAUUUAUAAAUUCGGUUUAGGCACAAUUAGUAUAAGAUGUUAGACAUCACAAUAUUGUAAGCAUCACAUAUUGUUAUUGUGUUUAUAUUGUGGGAUGCGCUCGUUUUGAGUUGGUAUUGUUUUGUUAUACUUUUUUUAUGUUGCCUGUGAAAUAAAAUCAGUUGGGAACUGUUA